CCCGUAUCCGUUGGCAGAAGAAACAAGUCCAGCUACAAACAUUCCUGGGAGCGCUUUAACAUUCCGGUAGGGUUUAUAUAAACUGCGUGCUACUUUAAGGGAAAAGAGCACGAGGUAUAUCCGAUAGUUUGAAUAAUGAAGAGACAGGACACUGAAGACCAGGUGGUGGAUAACAGUGGAGAGUCCAGCGCAGAGGGAACAUCAGAGACUCCGGCUACUCCUGAAGGCACAGAGAGCCCAAAGGAGCAGAACACGCUGACUGAAAGCUCUCCAGCUGCAAACUCUGAACCAGACAAAGCCUCUGGAUCUCAAUCUACCUCCUGUGAUGUAGCUGAGGAGCUUAGCAGACAGCUGGAGGACAUCCUCAGCACGUACUGUCGGGCAGAUGGCAGCGAAGACAGGGUCGUACCUAACGGCCAACCUGACGGCGCUGAGGUCAACGGGCUGGCAGAGAGAGAUGACAGCAAGUCUGAGGACGCCGGUCUGAACGGCAGCAGCGGAGCAGAGAAGGACCAGAAGAAGCUGCAGGAGAAAAAGAAGGUUAAAGGGCUGGGAAAGGAAAUAACGCUGCUUAUGCAGACGCUGAACACGCUGAGCACUCCCGAAGAGAAACUUGCUGGUCUGUGCAAGAAGUAUGCUGAGCUGCUUGAAGAGCACCGCAACUCUCAGAAGCAGAUGCGAGCCCUGCAGAAGAAGCAGGCCCAGCUGAUCCAGGAAAAAGACCACCUGAGGAACGAGCACAGCAAGGCCAUCCUGGCCCGCAGCAAGCUGGAGAGCCUGUGCCGUGAACUGCAGAGACACAACCGCACACUGAAGGAGGAUGGAGUGCAGCGUGCUCGGCAGGAGGAAGAGAAGAGGAAGGAAGUGACCUCACACUUUCAGUUAACGUUGAACGACAUACAAGUGCAGAUGGAGCAGCACAACGAGCGCAACGCCAACCUGCGGCAGGAGAACAUGGAGCUGGCAGAGAAGCUGAAGAAGCUCAUCGAGCAGUACGAGCUACGGGAGGAGCACAUAGACAAAGUUUUCAAGCACAAAGAUCUACAGCAGCAGCUUGUGGACGCAAAGCUCCACCAGGCUCAGGCGCUGCUCAAAGACUCAGAGGAUCGCCACCAGAAGGAGAAAGAGUUUCUGCUAAAAGAAGCCAUGGAGUCACAGAGGAUGUAUGAACUUAUGAAACAACAGGAAGUUCAUCUGAAACAGCAGUUAUCAUUAUACACAGAGAAGUUUGAAGAGUUUCAGAACACGCUCUCCAAAAGCAACGAAGUCUUCACAACCUUCAAGCAGGAGAUGGAGAAGAUGACUAAGAAGAUUAAGAAGCUGGAGAAGGAGACGACCAUGUACAGGUCCCGAUGGGAGAGCAGUAAUAAAGCCCUGCUGGAGAUGGCUGAAGAGAAAACCCUUCGAGAUAAGGAGCUGGAGAGCUUGCAGGUGAAGGUACAGAGGUUGGAGAAGCUGUGUCGUGCCCUGCAAAUCGAACGCAACGAGCUGAGCAAGAAGGUUCAGGACCUCAGUAACCCAGCGGAUGGGCGGGGCUCGGAGACGGAGGCAGAGACCAAACCGUCACAGCCAGCCACAGACUCAGCCGAGUGUAGCCCCUCCCACACAAACGACGCACAGCCAGAGACGCCGCCCAGCGCCCAAUCCGAAGCGUGUCACUGCAGCCCCGUCCCAGGGGACGUGUCUCAGAAGGAGACGUGCUCAGCCCAGGACUGAGGUAACGGUGCAGUCGCUGGGUUCAAACCGCUCACAAUCUCCCCAGCAGCGGUCUCGGCAUUUCUGGGGCGUUUCAUUCUGUCAGGGAAGGAUUGUGCCUUUUGAGAUGCUGUGUUUUUACUUUUUUUUUUCUCCCCAACCUUUUCCCUUUAUUUCUUUUUUUUUUUUUUUUUUUUUUUU